CUGUUGCUAUGCUACUUGAUCUUGGGCUCACCUGUGGAAGGGAGUAUUUCCGACGGUGGCUGAAGGCAGCAGCUAAGCUCAUCUGUUCGGUGGAGAUAAAGCAGAUAGGGAUGUGUAAACAAAUGUACGCCCUCAUUUGUAAGGUUACCUAACUGAACAUGUUGUCGUCUGUAUUUUAUAAAUGGUACUUUACUUUACAGGAACAUUUUAGCUGUGAACACGAUACACGAACCCACCAGGGACGUGUGAGCGCACAAAAAUGUCUGUUUUGUCUCAAGUGCUGAGAAAAGGUUCAUUUCCCGUUAAAGAAAGUGACAAUUUCAGGUUUAGUACAAUGAGUUACAAGUAUUUGGAUUUACGCUGUAGACAUUAAAUGCCUCAGAGUAGCAAGCGGGCAUAUGUCUGAUGAUCAGGAAGUGAUGACGGCAACAAGACAGUUAUUUACAUGUUAGCUAUGUCACUCGUUGACGUCCAUAAUGAACGUUCAUUUGAAUAACACACACUGACAGAUGUUAAUUUGUUAGAAUGUAAUUGAAUUAUUCGAUAAUUGUCGGUCCACAGCAGACUUGAGGAGUUAUCUUCACUGUCGCCCCGAGACAGUUUUCAAAGCAACAGGUGCGUCUGGAUGGCGCGUUCAGGGAACGUCCGGUAGCCAUCAUGUCUUACGUUAAAGUCGACUUUUGUAAGCUUUAAGGUGGAUAAAAGUGUUCGGAAGAGUAAAGACGUGUUCAUGAAACAAAAGCAACCCCCCAUUCGUUAGAGGUUUCAAGUUUUUCAACACCUGUAUGCUGCUGUAACCGUGCGCUAUCUACGAUGUGUUAGGAAUCUCUCACAGUCACAGACCCCGCCCCUUGCACACUUGAAGUUUGUUAUAGCCUCUGGUUGUCAUCAGCCAACUUCCACAGUGACAUUAGUCAGGUCGACGGCCCUCGGAGGAGGUCUGUCUGCUCUCCUCUCUGUGCUCACUUUUAGGUUCACGUGGACGUUUCCCAUCUCCGCUGUCAGGAUGUCUCCGUCCACGUCCCCCCGGGUCUUCACGGAGCGGGAGGUGGCCUGCCACUGCACCAAGGACUCCUGCUGGGUGCUGCUCGGGACCAGGGUGUACGAUGUGACCGCUUUCUUGCGGAUGCACCCGGGAGGGGAGGCGCUGAUUCUUCGCAGGUCGGGCAAGGAUGUGAGUCGGGAAAUGGAAGGACCCCCACACCGGCACUCGGAGAACGCCCGGCGGUGGAUGGAGCAGUACUACAUCGGGGAGCUGGACAGGGACAGCGGCACCGACGAGGCACAGGAUUUGGUAGACUGGCGGAAGCCCCUGGCUUGGCAAGUUGGCCACCUCAGAGAGAAAUAUGAUGCAUGGGUUCACCAGCCAGUCGACAGACCAAUCAGACUGUUUGGAAAUCCCUUCCUGGAGGCCAGCACCAAGACUUCCUGGUACUGGGUACCAGUGGUGUGGCUUCCCAUUGUGUUUUACUUCAGUUGGCAUUGCUACACCACCCUGGCAGAGGGCACCACCAGGAUAGUUCUCACUUCAGACUUCUCCAUCCCGAUCCAUAAGUACAUUUUCCCACUGCUCUUUUUGACGGGCUGGUUCUUGUGGUCAUUCGUCGAGUACUGCAUCCAUCGCUUUGUCUUUCACAUGAAACCACCAGCCCAUAACUACUACCUCAUCACGCUACACUUCCUUCUGCACGGACAACACCACAAGUCUCCAUUUGAUGGUUCUCGGCUGGUCUUCCCGCCCGGCCUGGCCUCCUUAGUGGUGGGAAGUUUCUACUUAAUCCUCCGACACACGCUGCCAGAUAUCCUUGGGAUAUGCGUGUUUGUCGGGGGGCUGUGUGGCUACGUCGUGUACGAUAUGAUCCACUACUACCUUCACUAUGGCUCGCCAAAGAGAGGCUCGUAUAUGUACAGCCUGAAGGCCUACCACGUCAAACACCACUUUGAGCACCAGAGAGCAGGUUUCGGAAUCACCUCCACGUUCUGGGACCACCCCUUCAACACAGUCAUCCCUGAUGAAAAAUUCUAACACAAAAACGGCUCUCCUGAAGGGCCACAGGACUUAUCAGCCACCCUCUCCACAGCCAUAGCUUUCACAACCACGGAGGAAAUUCCACUUCCGAGGACCCCUGGGCCACUGCAACUAAUCCCCCCCCUGCGCAUAUCAAUCUGCUAUUUGAUUCCAGCCAGAAAAACAACACAUUUGCUCAUCUAUAGGUGUGUGUAUUGCCUCACUGCAAUCAUUGCUGCACAGUUGCAAGGCCUUUCUGUGCCAUUUUUAUAACCAAACCAGCAUCUGCUACUGCUGUGCUCCCCACUGCACUGACCUCACCAGCCAAAUUGUCGCCUGAUAGCCAUUCACAACAUCAUAAUGUACAGCCAGGAGUUGGGCCAUGGAGAGAAAGAGAGGGACACAUACACAUAUGAAUCAAUGUAUUUUGAUUGUUACAUUUUCAUUUAAUUUAAAGGAAUCAAAUGAUUUCUCUAUAGCUGCAGAAUACUGUAGGGCACACUCAGAAUCACACUGAAAAAACUCCAAAAAUACUCAAUAUACACGCUCUGUUCCUGGUUCCUGAACGUUCAGCAUAAUACAAACAAAUGUAAACCCACAUCCACCCACAACUGAAAUUUACACACACACACACACACACACACACACGUUGUCCUAGUGUCCUUCAGAGUCAGAGAGAGGAAACAGGAAGUGAUAGAUGGUCGGUGAAUGUGGAAGACAGUAGCGAGUAGAGAGUAGCAAGGGGGGUGUGACAAAAGAACAGAAAGUGUGUGAAAGAGUGUGUGUAGAGACUGUGAGUGAGAGAAAGAGAGAGAGAGAGAGACCAAACUGAUAAACCAACUCAGGAAAAAAACAAAACAAUUGUUCCUUCCUCCACACUAUCGCACACUGCUACUCUCACUUACACUGCAGGUUUCUAACAGCACACAGAAAUUCUUUGGUCUCACUGUAGUUUUUGGAAGCAGCUGUGAACAGAAAUCAUCUGGUUUCAAAUAUUUGAACAUGCUGAGAUCUAUUUGAACGUUUAGAUUUAACUUAUUAAUUAUCAGCAAAGCUGCAGAAGUGAAAAUUUACUGUAAUGCGUUAAUUCGAUGUACUGUUAAUCUCAUGUAAAGCGGCGCUCUAAAUGUUUGAAACCACUGUGGAGAUAUAUUUUUAUUGUAAUAUUUCCUCUGUUCUCUUUUCUUUUUGUCAUUAAUAAUACAACAAAGAUAUAGAAAAAAUAUUUUGUAAGAUGCUUUGUACAGAAGAGGAUAUUCUUUUAUUGCACCAACUUUACAUUGAAUGAGCAGAUGUUUUCUUAUUGGUUUAUUGGUAUAAGAAAACAGAUGCAUUAAGGUGUAAAAUGGGUGGAUGGUAGUGUGUUGUCAUGGUGUCAGAGGGACAGAGCUAAGGCAUGAGGCCAGGCUGUCAGACCUCUUGCUGUGGGGAUCUCGGGGUCAAAGGUCACAGGGUCAGCUAGGUCAGUGGUUCUCAACCUUUUUGGUGUCAAGGACCCCCAAAUUAAUACAAAUCAGGCUGUGGAUACUUUGUGAUAAAGCAUGUUUGCAUUGAGCUAAGUUCUGUUAAUGGAAUAAUAGUGAAAUUAAAAUAUACCCACUGCAAACUCCUCAACAACCCCAGUUUGAGAACCACUGAGCUAGGUGACAAGAGUGGGUUUAUUUUCUCCAGGAAAAUGUUAUUUUGAAAAUUGACUGCGCUUUCAACACAGACUGAGCAGAAUCCUUGUCUUUGGAAGAUGAAGGUGAAAAAUAUAAGACCUAUCCUCAGGUCUCACUCCACCCUUUUUAAAGGUUUAUGUGGCCCUGCAGACCCCCUCAGGAUGACGAUGGAUGAACCAUCUGACUGAACAGCAGGAGGUCCUGAUGGUGACUGGCGGAUCCUUGAAAUGUCCCCUCUAAAAACACUGAUAAGCAGAACAAACGUAAUAAAUAACAUAAAUAGGUAGAGCACAGUGAUAUACAACAACUGCAGAAAAUCAUUUUUAUCAACCUUUUUAGUUUGAAGAAAUACUCCCGCUUACAUAAUAUAUAUGUACAUACAUUCUUACACAUGUAACAUAACAUGCAAAAUCUAUUAAAAAGUUUUUCAGAGUACAGAGUAAAAUAAUACAGUAAGGUGAUUCCAUUUGCUUUUUUCUUGCUAUUCAGAGCAGCAAUAUUAUACAAGUCUUCAGGUAAACCUUAAGAGGGCUGUAAAAAAAAAAAAAAAACGUGGUUUCACUGGGGGUGCAGGUUUGAGCUGUAACUGCACCAAAAGGUGUCACUGUCUGUCUUGUGCUCCACAAGUUGAUAAUGAAUGUUAAAGGCAUCAUGAGGAAAGAAUUCUGAUUUUGAUACAAUCUCUAUGUACCACAGAGACUUCAGAAAGAACCAAAAUUAAUUUUUAUUGUCGGUAAUGAUGGUGGAGAUAGUGAUGACUGCAAUGAUAAUGAUAAUGCAUACUGAUUGUGACGGCUGCUUGGCAAAGUGAAAUGAUUCCACCUGUUGUAAUAAGAUCUUAUUUAUGUAUAUUUAUAUGAUAAAGAUGAAAAACAAUAGCUUGUUUGCUUUAAAUCUGACAAGUGAACUUUUCCUUGUGCUAAAUUAUGCAGCGUGAAAUAAUAUUUCCCAAAUCUGUUUACUAUAAUAUCUUUUAACUUUUAUUUUUGAAUUUUAAAUGUCUAUGCAAAUGCGAAUGUAUUUGUAAAUAAAUAUCUGUAUAUUUCUGA